AUGACAAAUAAUAGUGCUGCAGUUGAUAUUCAAUUAUCAAAUUUAGAAAACAAUCAACAUGAAAGUGACAGUGAUGAUAGCGAAUUGGAUGAACCACAGCCAGUACCAAUCGUCGAAGAACAAAUCGAUCCAAGCCAACUUCAAUGGCUUCCAUGGAUAUGGUACUACACAAAAAAAUCAGCAAAAAAAGGCUACGAAGUAUGUGAUACAACUGGCGAGAAAUUAGCUUGGUUUUUUGGUAUAACAAAACCAAAAUAUUAUUCUGAAAUUCAAGAAUAUGAACGUAUGGAUGAAGAAGAACGAGAAGCAUGGCGACACGCAUUUCACGAUAUUGAACAAACCAGUCAAAUACUGGAUUCCAUCGUUACGGUUCCACCUCAAAUCCCAACUGCAUUCACUAUUUCUCAUAAUGAGAACGCAAGCCAUUGA